AUGCAUGAAUUCAUGAUGCCAUUGUUUGCAUGCCGAGAGCAUUUACACUUGCUUCCUGUGUGUUCUUUCUGGACUGUUUUAGACAAUGAGCACAUCUUUCUGGACUUGGAAGAGAAACUUGCCAAGUACUUCCCUAAGGAAUGGAAACAGGACUCAGGGAAGGGGUCACAGAGGAGGUCAAUCCCUCCCCUGCUCUGUCUGAAGGUCCAGUACUAUGUGGAGAACGGCAGACUCAUCUGUGAGCGUAAAGCAAGAAAACUGUACUACUAUGAUCUACGGGAACGUGUCCUGCGCUCAGAAUGCCGACAGCAGGAGGAAGUGUAUUUCCAGCUGGCAGGAUACGCCCUACAGGCCGAUCACUCCGACCACAGUCAGGGACAUGCUGCGUAUUUCCAACCCAAAGAAUACUUUCCACCCUGGAUAAUUGCGAAGCGUGGCAAUGACUACCUGCUGUGUCAUGGGCCCAAGGUUCAUAAAGAGCUGUGGGGGAUGUCCUCACGUGACGCUAUCCUGCUCUUUAUCAGAGAAUCUUGCCGUCUGGAGGAUGUUCCAGUCACCUUUUAUCGCCUACAGAAGGACAAGAAAGAAGAGAAAGGUUCAGCACUCCUUGGACUCACUCUACGAGGAAUGCAAGUGUAUCAGGAGGUGAACAAUGUGCGUGAUCUGCUGUAUGACUUCCCCUGGUUUCACGUGGGACGACUCACUUUUCUGGGGAAGAAGUUUGAGAUCCAGCCCGAUGGUUUGCCCUCUGCGAGAAAGCUGGUGUACUACACGGGUUCGGCUUUUCGUUCCCGACAUCUUCUGCUGCAUUUAAGUUCCUGUCACCGAUUGUACCUCAGUUUGCAACCUGCGCUCAAACACCUGCGGCAGCUUGAGGAGUCAGAGGAGAAGAAGAGGUACCGUGAAUCGUACAUCAGUGAUGAGCUAGACCUGGAUCAGCCGUGCAGCGAGGGCAGUCCCCGUCUGUCUCGACACUCCACCAGCAGCUCUGGCAUUGAGGCGGACACCAGGCAACACAGCGUCUCCGUAGAGAUGGUUUCCAUGGAGGAGAAGGAAAAGUCCUUCAUCUCUGCUGUCAGUCACGGCUCCUCACACACCUCUGACAUCGACACGAGCAGCAAAGCUCAGACUGAUGAAGACGAGUGGCAGGAGGAAGAUUUGCAGGAUGUGGUGAAGGAGCCCGGGGAGGUCUCUGUGGACGACCCUGUGGAUAUCUUGCGAUUGGUUGACUGUCCCACCAUCCAAUCAGACACUGAAUUUAAAGGUCUACAAAUGAGUUCAGUUACAGGGAACGAUCAAAUGGACCAUUGUGAUCCAGAUAGCAUGAAACAGGUUUCCAAUCAGAAGGGUCGUAACCCGGCCGACCGCUACAGUCUGAGCCUGGACGACGUGCGACUGUAUUCCCCCCUUCUCCCUCUGGGAACGGCAUCGGUUCCAGACACAUCCGUCAGCUACACGUUUGGGCUUCCGCACUCCUCAACCAGUCCAUGUCCAGACAGUACUUCAUUCUGUGUCCAGCGCUCCACGAACUGCCUAUCUCUGGACCUGCUGGAUGAUAACCAGUUGCUGGAGCUUGUCCUUUAAGAAACUGAGAAGACUGCAGAUUCCUGUUGUCUUGUCAUUAAACCGGACAGAAAAAAAAGACAAAACUGAGGCAUGAACAGGACACAUUUUUAGCAGGAAUUUCAUUAAAACUCAACCAAUGUGUUUCUUCAGGAGAGUAUGAACAAAUGUUUUUUAAAUUUUUU